ACAAACUCUAAGACUAUGUGCCAUAUUUCUAGAGAGAAGAGCGGCACCACCCCAGGAGGGAUGAAGACCAUGGGCCCUGUUUUAACGAUCUGAAACGCAAGUGUCAAAGCGCGAAGCGCAAGUAACUUUGUGGGCGGGUCUCGGCGCUGUUGCUAUUUUCCCGGCGGGAUAAAUGGCUCUUGCGCCCGGCGCAAAUCUAAAAUGGGUUGGUCUGAAGUAGCUUCAUUAUUCAUAGGUGUGGUUUGGGCGUAACGUGAAAUAAACCAAUCAGAGCGUCAUCCAACAUUCCCUUUAAAAGCAGGUACGCAAGUUCCAUUAUGGAUUGCUAUUAUUAUGGCGUAUUUACCAGGCGCACGCCAGGAGUGGUUCACAGCCGAGGAGACUGAUGUUCUUGUAAGAGCAGUGAAAGACAGAGAAGUUGUGUUGUAUGGGGAUGGGAGAAACCCACCCAAAAUAGCAUCGGUUAAACAGGCGUGGGAGGAAAUAGCCACAAUUGUUUCAUCAGCUGGCAUCCCUAGGACGUCGCACCAGUGCCGCAAGCGCUACAAUGACAUCAGAAGACGGGGAAAGUCCAAGCUUGCCAGCAUCAAUCGGGCACGCCAUGUAACGGGAGGUGGAUCUGCCUCUACUCAGGACCUGACGCCAGCAGAGGACAUCGCUGCGUCCACCCUCACCGCUGAAAGCGUUGAAGGAUUUGGGGGUUUUGAAAUCGGCACCCAAUCAGAAACGCAAGCAGUCCAACCCCAAGCUUCGCAGGAAGACCCUGGCCUCGCGAGCCAUGCGCACAGGCCAUCUGAGGAGGGAACAGCGCAACCAUCAAGGUCCAGACCCACUACACGCCGUGGCAGCAUUGCUAGACCGGAGGACCACCCCUUCCUGCAGCUCCAGCAAACCGGAUUUGAAAUGCUGGAGCGGGAGCUGUCUGGGAUGCGGCAAAGUGUGAAUGGCCGUCUUUGACCGGAUGGCGAUGUUGCUGCGGCCUCUCGGGCGCAUCUCCUCAAGCCUGGAGAGGAUUGCUGCAGCCAUGGAGCGUGGCCCUUCAAGCGCACCACCACCUCCUGUUGUGCCUCUUCCUCCUUCCCCCACUCCAUCUCCAUCCACCCGUUCCACCAGGCGCACAUCGCGCAAUGCCAUUCCCGGACCCUCUGGUGUCCGAUCCCGCCGUGGCGCGCGUCGCAAAACUACCAGAGGAGGGAAAAAGAAAUAAACUUUUUCUGUUUAAAUAUU